GCAGAAGGACCCAUGAAGAUCUUCACCUGGGCUUCUGGUACCAUGAUGUCACUUCAGAUGCUGCUCCUGGCUGCCCUGCUUCUGGAGACUUCUCUGCAGCAUGCCAGCGCUGCUCGAGCCACCAAUGUAGGCCGAGAGUGCUGUCUGGAUUACUUCAAGGGGGCCAUUCCCAUCAGGAAGCUGGUGAGGUGGUACAGGACCUCAGUGGAGUGUCCCAGGGAUGCCAUCGUGUUUGUGACUGUCCAGGACAGGUUCAUCUGUGCAGACCCCAAAGACAAGCAUGUGAAGAAGGCCAUCAGAUACCUGAAAAACUAAAGGCUGUGAUCUUCCCACCCAAGCAUUUGGAGUCGCCAGGGCUGCUGUCCAUGGUCUCAAACUAAAGCCACCUAUGUCCAGGGGAGGCCUUGA